AUGAUUCAUGAUGGCGAGACUGUCAAACAGCGCCCCAAUGGAUAUAAAGCGGGAGGAUAUAUGAAUAAUGGAUCGAAAAGUCAAACUAUAGACGCGUCACCAAACACAGAUGUGGCUAGAUCCGUCGCUGGUUCGAAGUUGACAAAGGAUGAUACGGGAUUGAUUGCGGCUGCGGCGCAUGCUGUAAUGCCUACUUGGGCUAAUAUGGUUAUAAUGGCCUCGCUUAUCUUUGGAGGUUGCUGUGCCAAUUUCGUGCUAUGUGCUAUAUUCACACUUCCUCAUUUCCUUUCGUUCUCCGCAGGCCCUAAAGCCUUAUUUCUGAGUCCACGAGCGAUCCCCCUCCGAUCAUGGCUGGUAUAUACCUCCUUUUUCAUCACGGUCAAUAUGUUGAACAAUUGGGCAUUUGCAUAUAAAAUUUCCGUGCCACUUCACAUCAUUCUCCGAUCCGGCGGUCCUGUAGCAUCGAUAAUUAUCGGAUACAUCUUCAAUGGAAAAAGAUAUUCGCGAGGCCAAAUCCUCGCCGUGGCUCUGUUGACAGCAGGAGUUGUGGCAGCCGCUAUGGCUGAUGCGAAAGCUAAGGGUCAAAACAUAGGGCAAACCUCUGAUCCCGAGACAGCUGUAAUGACCACCGCGAUUGGAUUUACUCUUCUUGCGCUGGCUAUGGUUUUGUCGGCUUUUCAGGGAAUCUAUGCUGAUCGAUUGUAUGCGACAUACGGACAAGAUCAUUGGAAGGAGGCUUUGUUCUACUCGCAUACCCUUUCUUUACCAUUGUUUUUGAGUAGCUAUUCACAGCUAUCGUCUCAAUGGCAGGUAGUCUCGUCUACACCAUCGCUACUUUCUAAAAUCUCCGGUUCAUCGGAUCAUAACCUGCUUGGUCUCUCGAACCGUACCGCACUCUCGGUACUAUCAACGACAGCCGGGAAAUAUCCUCUGAUUGAAUCGAUGCUGGAUCAGUUGCCUAUCCAGGUCGCAUAUUUGAUUAUGAAUGCAUUGACUCAAUACCUGUGUAUUCGAGGUGUGCAUCUCUUAUCUGCGAAGUCUUCCUCAUUAACCGUGACGGUCGUCCUCAACAUUCGCAAACUUGUCUCCCUGCUUCUGUCAAUUUAUCUCUUUGGAAAUCAACUGGGGUCUGGAGUGCUAGUAGGUGCCGUUUUGGUUUUUAUUGGUGGUGGAUUAUAUGGAUUUGAAGGAGCAAGAUUGAGGAAGAAUGCAAUCAAGAAAGAUUAA